GGCGGGAGCAGCAGCAGGCUGGGGUUCCGUGUGGAAAGAACAGGGGGCUCGGGUGCAAAGUUUCGUUUCAAACCGUCUGCAAAGAGCGGCCGAGGAGGGGCAGUUGGAGAGCUACGGGCCGCCGCAGCGGACCGACCGCGCCCGUCCCGCGCCCCGCUCAGCCCGCCUCGCGCCGCCGCCGCCCCUCGCUCUUCAUUCGCGGCAGUUGUUGUCCCGCCAGGUGAGUGCGGAGCUCGCAGCCGCCCCGUCCCCGCGCGGCGCCCUCCCGUGGGGUCCCCCCGCAGCCGGCAGCGCCGAGUCCCGGUCAGGGCGGCCAGCCGCCGCCGCCGCCGCUCCCCGCGAGGAUGGCGGACAACGGGGCGGGCGAGCCCCGGCAGCCCCGCUACCGCCGGGUGCGGCUGAUGUGCAUGCUGGCGCUCACCUUCCUCUUCUUCGUGGUGGAGGUGGUGGUGAGCCGGGUCACCGCCUCGCUGGCCAUGCUCUCGGACUCCUUCCACAUGCUGUCCGACGUCAUGGCCCUGGUGGUGGCCCUGGUGGCCGUGCGCUUCGCCCAGCGCACCCGCGCCACCCACAAGAACACCUUCGGCUGGGUGCGGGCCGAGGUGAUGGGCGCCUUGGUCAACGCCGUCUUCCUCACCGCCCUCUGCUUCACCAUCCUGCUGGAGGCCAUCGAGCGCUUCACCGAGCCCCACGAGAUCCAGCAGCCGCUCGUGGUGAUCGGGGUGGGCGUGGCGGGGCUCCUCGUCAACCUGCUGGGGCUCUGCCUCUUCCACCAGCAUGGAGGUGGGGGGCACGGGCACUCCCACGGCGGGAGCCAGCACCACCGCAGCGGCAGCCGCACCAAAUUGGAGCGCUCUUCGGGGGACGGUGAUGCUGGGCUGCGCAAGGAGGAGACCAACACGCUGGUGGAGAAUUGCAGCAGCACCAAUGGAGUCAACCAGGAGAAGCUAGGUGAUGGCAAGGCGGAACUACAAGCAAAUGGGAGCAUUGGUCCUAACUCUCUGGACAUUGAGGUUGAAGAAGACUCCAGUGGACAGCUUAACAUGCGUGGAGUUUUUCUACAUGUGCUUGGAGAUGCCUUGGGUUCAGUGAUUGUGGUGGUGAAUGCCUCAGUCUUUUACUUUUAUUGGAAUCCAUGCCCCAAAGAUGGGCCCUGUUUUAAUCCGUGUGUCAAUAGUCAUUGCAUAGAAAAUGCUACUGUAGCCCCACCGCUUGACAAUGCUGAUCUACUCUCACAAGAGGGUAUUCAUGUAGCUGGUCCCUGCUGGGUGCUGUAUUUAGAUCCCUCUCUUUGUCUGAUAAUGGUUUGUAUACUCCUUUACACAACUUAUCCAUUACUUAAGGAGUCUGCCCUUAUCCUUUUGCAAACUGUUCCCAAACAAAUUGAUAUUUAUUCUUUGAACUUGAAACUACGUAAACUUGAAGGAGUUGAAGCAGUCCAUGAACUACAUGUUUGGCAGCUGGCAGGCAGCAGGAUCAUUGGUACUGCUCACAUAAAAUGUCAUGACCCUGCAUCAUACGUGAAGGUGGCAAAGCACAUUAAAGAGAUUUUUCAUGAUGAAGGGAUCCAUGCCACUACAAUUCAGCCUGAAUUUUCCAGUGUAGGCUCUGAAUUGGGUGUUGGCAAAUGUGAGUUUCCCUGCAGAACUCAGUGUGCUCUGAAGCAGUGUUGUGGGACAGCAGAAGGCAAUACUGAAAAGAAGACAAAGACCUCUUCAAUUGCUAUUUCAUGCUCAGAAAUAAUCAUUGACUCUCCACACCACAAAACUAGGAGGACUAAAUCUGAAAAUAUACCUGCUGUUAGGCUAGAGGCAGACGAUGACCCAGACAUGCAGUUUGAAUCAUCCUUGUAAUCCCCAGGGUUGUGCUGUUUGAGUUUUUUGAUGGCUUCAGCAACAGCUUUAUUGUGAGGAGAAGGGACUGAUAUUUGAGCUGAAAGUUUGUCCAGCAGUGUAAUUGCUGAAGUCCCUGUUCUUGUCACAUUGCUAAAUCUAGAAUGCUUGUUUUAAAGAACAUAAUAGCAUUGUCAUGACACAAUGUGUUUGUGUUGACUUUGUCAUGAGUGGCACCAAAAGAGUGCCAAUGCUGUAAAAAAAAAAAAUAAUAAUAAUAAUUUGGAAAACUAGUUUCAACACUUCAACAGAGAUUUUUGUUGUGCUUCAAAUUAAAAUAUUUUCUCCCCUGAAAAGCUACUUGAGGGAUAAGUAAAUCGGAACUCAGUUUGUGUUAGACUUCUCAUUGGGGCUACCUUUUCCCUUUAAUAUUUGAUUUGUAGAUAUUUUAAUAUAUUGUUUGUAACCCACAUGAAAACCAAAGUUCGUAGAAUGUUUUUAUGGAUAGAACAACAUCAAACCAGAAACCACUUUGUCAGUUUCACACAUUUUCCAUAAACGUAUACACUGAA